AAAUGACCACAGCGUCAUGUGUAGGUAAUGAACCCGUCGACAGCUGCAUAGCGAAUCUAGUUAUUACAUAAACAAAAGUAAUAUUUUGAGUAGCUAGUGGUAGAGAAAAAGUUAACAAUGUCAAUUUCAGUGAUACGCAGGGGACUGGAGCUUCUGAGCAAUGACAUUAAAGAUGGUGGUAAGAGUCAGAAGAAGAGUUGUCAGAAGACGACAUUGAUGGAUCAGAUCAGCUCCAAUAAACAGGGUGUCAGGAAGCAGAUCCGUCAGCUGCAGGCUCACAGCCAAGCCAGGAAGAGCAAAGUGACCGUGAAAAACAAGAACGUCAAAAAUGCUUUGGAGGAGUACCGAAAGAAGCAGAAAAAAAGUCAGCUCAGUGCCAAUCUGGAGUACUUCCUGGGAACAAGCUAUGUAACGCAGGAACACCACACAAAGAAGAUCCAGCAGCAGAACACCGGCCGUCUCUCCCGUCACCAGCCGGAGCAGCCGGUCAGGAAACCAGCACAGGAAAAAUCCAUCUUCACAGAGGAGGAAUUCCAGAAAUUCCAGAAGGAAUAUUUUGCUAAUCUAUGAUCUUAGUCUGACGUAUUAUGGACACGUGAGAUGUCUGAUGUGGAGAAUUAUCCCAUUGUUCCAGCAAACUCUGGACAGUCCAGAUGGUUCCAAAUGCAGAUUUUUGAUUAUUUUCAUGUUCAUCAGUAUGUAAGGCUUCAUGUUUAUCCAUGUUGUUACUUGUGUUUUAAUAAUAAAUGUAUGCUUAGUGGCUUUGCCAAAAGGUA